AUGGUGUCUUUAGAAAAUAAUACAAACGGCAUGUUACUAGAGGGAAAAACUCAAUGGGAUGAAUGGAUCGAAAGCAUGCAAUAUAAAUGGUCACAUUAUCAUGAAAUAAUGAGUGAAACAUACAAAUCUUAUAUUUAUAAAAAAUCCGCAACAUGGAGUGAGGAAGAUUGGAAAACGUGGAUUCAAACUGAUUGGAAAGAUUACAUGGAAAUAGAUUGGCAUAGAUGGAUAAAUGAUGUUGAAUAUGAUUUCCAUAAAUUAAUAGAAGAGAGAUGGGAACAAUGGAAAACACAUCAAAUGAUGACAUGGUUAAUGAGUAAUUGGACAGAUGAAGAACAGAAAUAUAUUGAUAAGUUAGAAUUCGGAAAAUAUUCAAAUACGAUAGAAAUGGAACUUUUUAUGAAGAAGUGGAAUAAAAUAAUUCAGUGGAAAACAGAAAAAUGGGAAAGUUGGGCACAAGAUAAAGAGGAAUUCAUUACAAACCUUAAGAACGAAAAAUUGUUACAAUGGAAAGAUGAUUAUUACUUUUUAUUUAAUAAUUGGAGAAGCCACUUUAUUGAAGAUUGGAUAAACAAAAAGCAGUGGAUUUUGUGGAGUGCAAACAGAAGAAACUGA